UGUGGCAAGAUUCCCUUAGGCUUGCCAACUUGUGGCUUUCAUUUUGGUGAACUAACCUUAGGCAAGCUUGGCAAAAAUAUGUGGCAAAGUUUGGCAAUGCUAGGCUUAGAACCAAACAGCCCCUAAGUUAUUGUUGGUCAUGUGUGGUGUUGUUGCUUAUUUAGGUUUGUUCUUUUGAGAUGCACAGGGGCGUUGUUAGGAUUUGUCCGUGCUUUCUAGAACCGUUGCUGGGGAAAAUUCUUGUCACUAUUGUUUGGUGCCGUUGUUAAGGCUUGCUGCUUCUUUGGACUGCCUUUGUUGCAGCCUUACUAAAAUUGGAGAUGUAAUGUUUUGGCUACUAAUUAGUAAGAAUGGCAAGAUAAGAUUUAGCCUAUGAAUGCACGACCCAUUUGCUGCUCCCUCCCCUAUGGGCGAUUCAACCUCAUGCCCCGCCUCCGCUCAACCCAAGCCCCGUUCAUCCAGCAGGCCGUACGGUGUUGUUUGAUCGCUCAGCUAAAGGGUCUCCAACCAGGAUGCAUCAAGGCAUAUGCUAGCACCAUGGGGAAACAAAUCGUGAACAUGCUUGGUGAACUCGCCACAAAGGAGGUCGCCCGGCUGUGGAGGUUUAAAGACUAUGUUGAUGCCAUGAUGGACAAUAUGCAAGAUCUGGAAGCCGUUUACACGAUGCGGAUGAUAGGCCGCGCCAAGGAGGGAGAGACGGGGAAGUUGUUGGGAGGUGGCUCGCCAAAUUCAAGUCUGUCACCUAAGACGGAGGACGUGCUGAACGACCUGGACGCUGCAGAUCAACAUGGACAUGGACUUUUCACUUUCUAGAGUAACACACUGACAUGGCAUAGUAGUAGGCGAUGGUUCUUUCAUUAUAACGGCUUAUAAUUAUCAUCAGACUCAUACUAUUAUGCAAAUGCUUCCUAUGAUUUCAUUGGUUAAAUUGUAUAAUUGUGAUAGGUUCAUAUAUCAAUGUCAAGAAAGAGCUGAGCAACGGGACGACCUGACAAAGCUAUCAAAUAUUAGGUUACAUGGCAGCUACUUAGGCAAUUUAUAUUGCACAGGCCUUAUGGAUCCCUUUGUCUAUAAUUACUGAACUACCAUAUUUAAUUUGUGAUGACUCAUCGUGUUGGUUUACUUUUGGAAUCAAAAUGUUAUGUUGCUAA